GCUCGCGCGCACACAAACACACCCCGGCCCUUUCCCCGACCUCCAGCUCGCCACCAUUCCCACACGCCUUGAAGAGGACACAUACGGCCCGCCACCAGACGGAGGGCGCGAGGCGUGGCUUGCAGUUCUUUCCGGCGCCCUCCUGUUCUUCACUAUGUUCGGGUUUGGUGCGUCCCUCUCCCUCCGUCCCCACUCACGCCAGUCACCUCCUUCGGCCAACUCAAAGGCUACUACCUCACCCACCAGCUCGCGUCCUAUUCACAGCCGGCCAUCGCAUGGAUUGGCACCCUCCAAUCAACCCUCACCUUCUUCCCCUCCCUCUUCUUCGGCCGCCUCUUCGACGCCCACGGCCCGCGUCUCCUCGUGAUCGCCGGAACGAGCCUGUCUUUCGCCGCUCUCCUUGCCCUCUCCUUCUGCACGGCCUACCCGCACUUUCUCCUUGCGCACGCCCUCUUCGGCUUCGCCACAUCCAUGAUCUGGGGUCCCUCCGCCUCCGUCUGCGGCCACUGGUUCGCUCGCCGCCGCGCCACCGCCAUUGGCAUCGUCGGCUGCGGCAGCGGUUUUGGCGGCAUCAUAUACCCACUCCUCCUCAAGGCGCUGCUCGACCGCCUGCCCUUCCGCCCCGCCCUCCUAAUUGUCGCAGGCAUGAACGCCGUCCUCAUGCUCCCAGCAUGGCUGUGGCUGCGCGCGCGCCUGCCCCCGCGCCGCCCGGCGCCAUGGCCCGCCCUUGCGAGCCCAUGGCGCUCACGCGCCUUCACCUUCCUCGCGCUCGGCGCCGCCCUCUCCAUGCUCAACAUGUUCACGCCCUACUUCGACGCGCCGGCCAUAGCCCCCGCUCCGCUGCGCGAGUACGCCAUCGCCAUCCUGCAAGCGGGCAGUUUCGCGGGGCGCGCGACCAGCGGCGUCAUCGCGGACAGAUACGGCGCGUGGCGCGUGUACGUCGCCCUCGCACUUCUCACCUCCGCCACGCUGUUUGCGUUCUGGUGCGCCACGCCCAUGCCUACCGCCGCGGCGGUAGCUGGGCUGUGCGGGUACGGCUUCGCGUCCGGCGCGUGGAUCACCCUCGUGAGUGCGGUCACGGCGGCGAUCGCGCCGCCCGAGGAGCUCGGGACGUGGAUCGGCGUCUUGUGGACCGCUAUCAGUCUGCCCAUCCUCGCGGGGCCCGUCAUCAGCGGCGUCCUGAUUGAAAAGGCAGGAGGCGCGUUCACGUACGCCGGCGUGUUUUGCGGCGCGACGUAUCUCGUGGGCACCGGGCUGACUGUGAUGCCGUGGGUGCUCGGGAGAGUUGCGAGUCGCCAAAAGGAGAACGACGAGGAGCAGGAAAAGCCAGAAACUGCGCACCAGGAGGAGAGGUAGUUCGUUGGAGGCGUUGCUGCACAUCGGCUUUCGUCGUCAUCAGGACGGCGUGAGGUCCAGGCGUCCGCUGUGUGUGGGUCCAAUCAGGAGGAGGUCACGGGGCCACGCUGCAGUACCCGAGUAUCAUCCCGCACCUGGGCCCCA